AUGUUGGUAAAAAAUAUUUUUAUGGAACUCCGUUCCCGUUUACGCAGUUGCAAUGUUUAUAUUACGACUAAUAUUGACUUCAAAAAGGACUGCAAUUUGAAAAUUAAUAUACAAUCUAAUUGUAUUGUACUCAAUUAUUAUGAUUAUGAAAAUGAUGACACAAUUACAAGAAGAGACAGUUUAUCGUCCGUUGAAAGUCUUUCCGAUUAUUCUGAAGAUGAAUCCGAUGUUACAUGCAUAAUUCCUAUACAGGAGUUCUGUUUUAUAAUACCUAACUCAAUGUCUUGCCUUAAAAUCGAAAAAAAUACCAUAUCAUUUAGAAUUUUAACGGAACCAAAGAAAGGUGGAAAUUUUUAUACAGAAAUUAUUUCAGCUGAGACAGAAAAUAAAGAAAUAAAAGUUGAAAAAUUGAAUACCAAUUUGAAAUUAGAUAAUGAAGUGAAGUUUGCUUGUGCAAAUUGUUCCAAUAUAAUAUCAAAUAAUUUUGUAAAGUUUAAUAGAAUUUUAGAAUUGCCAUCUACAAAUUUGGAUAUGUCUGAGUGGUUCUGCCAUGGCAAUGGUAGUCACAGUCAUGGUCAUGGGCAUGACCACAAUCACACAUCACAAUCACAAUCACAAACAGAUGUGCUGAAGCCGAACAAAUUAGAUUUUCUUUACCGACUAACAUUCUUCGUUGUGAAUAACAAUAUUCUAUCAGAAAGAUCAAAUAAGUUCAAUUCAAAGAGGACUGUGUUCCAUUGCAACAGAUGCUUGGCUUGGUUGGGUCUCAAAAGUAAGGAUACAGUGAAAUUAUAUAAUGCCGAUAUUAAAAUACACAACACCAAUACAGAGAAGCAUGUCUUUUCUCAUAAGAACUCAUUACACAACAUAAGUACUGAUGAUUUUAUAUACACAAUUGAAAGUAUGACCCGUGAAUUCAAUCUCGGCUUGCAAUAUACAAUUAUGUGUAAAAUAGUGCUAGAAUGUGCAAUUUCAGACGCAAAAAAACAAUAUUUAUUAAUAUGGGUAAUGGAUAGAGAACUACAAGUUUUAAGGAAUAUAGAAAGCCAUAAGCAAAGUGAUAUAAUACUGUUACAAUCUAGUUUGUUAACUAAAAUUUUGUAUAAAAUUGAACCUGAACUCAAUAAUGAGGUUGAGACUUGGCUCUCCGAUCCGACUGUUGUGUCAACAGAUAUAUCUAAGAGUAUGUUCUCUCACGGAGUCAGUCAUUUGGAACACAUGUCAUUGAAAGUACCAGAAUGUUUUCGUUACACAAAUGGUUAUUGCGUCAGUUAUUUGAAAGCUUAAACACCAAAUAAAGCUAUUGAUUACA